AUGAAUCAGUAUGAAUGUACUAUAGUGAAUCAGUAUGAAUGUACUACAGUGGAUCAGUAUGAAUGUACUAUAGUGAAUCAGUAUGAAUUUUCUGUAGUUGAUCAGGAUAAAUGUGCUAUAGUGGAUCAGGAUAAAUGUUCUAUAGUAGAUCAGUAUGAAUGUACUACAGUGGAUCAGUAUGAAUGUACUAUAGUGGAUCAAGAUAAAUUUUCUAUAGGGGAUCAGUAUGAAUUUUCUGUUGGGGAUCGGUAUGAAUUUACUAAAGUGGAUCAGUAUGAAUGUACUAUAGUGAAUCAGUAUGAAUGUACUAUAGUGAUUCAGUACGAAUGUACAAUAGUGGAUCAGUAUAAAUUUUCUAUAGGGGAUCAGUAUGCAUGUACUAUAGUGAAUCAGUAUGAAUGUAUUAUAGUGAAUCAGUAUGAAUGUACUAUACUGGAUCAGUAUAAAUUUUCUAUAGGGGAUCAGUAUGCAUGUAAUAUAGCAGAACAAUAUGAAUUUACUAUAGUAGAUCAGUAUGAAUGUAUUACAGUGGAUCAGUAUGAAUGUACUAUAAUGAAUCAGUAUGAAUGUUCUAUAGUGAAUCAGUAUGAAUGUACUAUAGUGGAUCAGUAUGAAUGUACUAUAGUGGAUCAGUAUGAAUGUUCUGUAGAGGAUCAGUAUGAAUUUGAUCAGGAUAAAUGUACUAUAGUGGAUCAGGAUAAAUGUUCUAUAGUAGAUCAGUAUGAAUGUACUACAGUGGAUCAGUAUGAAUGUACUAUAGUGGAUCAGUUUGAAUAUACUAUAGUGGAUCAGGAUAAAUGUACUAUAGUGAAUCAGUAUGAAUGUACUAUAGUGAAUCAGUAUGAAUGUACUACAGUGGAUCAGUAUGAAUAUACUAUAGUAGAUCAGGAUAAAUGUACUAUAGUUAGGGUUCUAGCCAGGAUUUUCUGA